AUGAUUGGGAUAGGAGAAGGAAGAAAAGUUCAAAACUGUGGCGGGAGAGGAAAAGGCCAAGGUGCGGGAGGAAGUGGGGUUGGUGUAGGAGGAGGUUCUAGUAUCGGAGUUGGUGGAGAUGUUAAGGGAGGUGGAACUAUUAUUGGUGGAGGUGCACGUGGAGGAGGAGGAGUUGGUGCUAGAGGAAAUUUAGGAGGAGGUGUUGGAGGAGGUGUUGGAGGAAGUUCGGGAGGAGGUGUUGGUGCUGGAGGAGGUGUUGGUGGGGGAGUAAGUGCUGGAAUUGGUGUUGGUGGAGGAGCCGGUGCUGGUGCGGGAGGAGGUGUUGGUGGAAGGAUUGACAGAGGAGUCGGUGCUGGAGGAGGUGCAAUAGGAGGUGUUGGUGCGGGAGAAGGGGUAAUAGGAGAUGUUGGUGGAGGUGCUGGAGGAAGUUUGGGAGGAAGUGUUGGUGCUGGAGGAGGUGUUGGUGGGGGAGCAAGUGCUGGAGGUGGUGUUGGUGGAGGAGCCGGUGCGGGUGCGGGAGGAGGUGUUGGUGGAAGGAUCGGCGGAGGAGUCGGUUCCAGAGGAGGUGUUGGAGGAGGUGCAAUAGGAGGUGUUGGUGUGGGAGGAGGGGCAAUAGGAGGUGUUGGUGGAGGUGCUAGUGCAGGAGGAGGUGUCGGUGGAAGUGCAGGAGGAAGAGUCGGUGCUGGAGAAGAAGCUGGAGGAAGUGUUGGAGGAGCUACGAAUGCAGGAGGAGGUGUAGGAGGAAGAGUCAGUGCUGGAGGAGGUGUUGGAGGAGGUGCUGGUGUGGGAGGAGGUACAAUAAGAGGUGUUGGUGGAGGUGCAACUGGAGGUGUUGGUGGAAGUGUAGGAGCAGGAUUCAGUGUUGGUGCGAGAGGAGGUGUUGGAGGAGGUGCUGGUGCAGGAGAAGGUGUUGGUGGAAGUACAGGAGGAAUAAUCGGUGAUGGAAGAGGAGCUGGAGGAGGUGUUGGAGGAGGUGCUGGUGCGGAAGGAGGUGCAGUAGGAGGUGCAACAGGAGGUGUUGGUGCAAGUGCAGGAGGAGGAGUCAGUGAUGGAGGAGGUGUUGGAGAAGGUGCUAGUGUGGGAGGUGGUGUUGGUGGAAAUGAAGGAGGAGGAUUCAGUGUUGGAGGAGGUGCUGGUGCGGAAGGAGGUGUAGUAGGAGGUAUUGGUGGAAGUGCGGGAGAAGGAGUCGGUGCUGGAGGUGGUGCUGGAGGAGGUGCUAGUGUGGGAGGAGGUGUUGGUGGAAAUGCGGGGGGAGAAGUCGGUGUUGGAGGAGGUGUUGGUGUGGGAGGAGAUGCAUCGGGAGGUGUUGGUGGAAGUGCAGGAAGGGGAGUCAGUGCUGGAGGAGGUGCUGGUGCGAGAGAAAGUGCAACAGGAAGUGUUGGUGUUGGAGCAGGUGCAUCAGGAGGUGUUGGUGCGGUAGGAGGUGCAAUAGGAGGUGUUGGUGCGGGUGGAGGUGUUGGUGGAAGUGCAACAAGAGGAGUCGGUGUUGGGGGAGGUGCUGGAAGAGGAGUCGGUGUUGGUGCGGGAGGAGGUGCGGGAGGAGAUGUUGGUGAAAGUGCAAGAGGAGGAGGAGUCAAUGUUGUAGGAGGAGGAUUUGCGACAAGAGGUGUUGGCGGAAGUGCAGGAGGAGGAGUCAGUGUUGGAGGAGGUGCUAGUGCGGGAGGAACUACAACAAGAAGUAUUGGUGGAAGUGCAAAAGGAAGAAAAAGAAGCGACCGUCAAACCUAA